AUGCGUCCAAAUCUAAGUAAGCCUCCAUCGAAACGUCAACGAGUAACUAAUUCCAGUCAGAUUCAUCAAUCUCCGUCCGUCAGUAACUCACCCUCGGAAUAUGAAUCAGUGACUGAUUCAAGUCAGUCUGCUUCAACGCCAGAGCAGCAAACAAACCUGCGUCGAUCUUCACGUAAAAGGAAGAAAGUCGAGUACCGAUCUGUGAAUUUAUCCACUACGCCCGAACGCCCUUCAACUUCCCGACAAUCAAGGCAGAAAAAGGUAUCCAGGCGUACGGUCAAUACCAGAACGAUAGGUACACAGACGGUGGAUUAUUGGUUUAGUAUGUUGAUGUAUGAUUAUCGUGAGUACGACAUUAUUCCACGACAACAGGCUCAAUGA